GGCGCAGGGCCCGGAAGGCGGAGACGUUGGCGGCAGCAGUGGUGGUGUCGGCGGGGGAGGCGGACGGGGUCAGCAAAAAACGGAGGCUUGGCCAUGAACUGGCCCGGGACGGCGGCGGACCUGGCAGUCGUCUCCUGGUUGCGUUCCGGCUGCUAACGGGACAGAUUUUGACAUUAUGGCAGGAAGGCAUCAGAGUCGUAGUUUUCCUCUUCCAGGAGCUCAUUCAAGUGGUCAAGUACAUGCCUUUGGAAAUUGUACAGACAAUGAUGUGUUGGAGGAGGAUGCUGAAGUCUAUGAGCUUCGAUCCAGAGGAAAAGAGAAAAUCCGAAGAAGUACAUCAAGAGAUAGGCUUGAUGACAUUAUAGUAUUAACAAAAGAUAUACAAGAAGGAGAUACUUUAAAUGCAAUAGCCCUUCAAUACUGUUGUACGGUAGCAGAUAUCAAGAGGGUUAACAAUCUCAUCAGCGAUCAAGACUUUUUUGCCCUUAGGUCUAUCAAAAUUCCAGUAAAAAAGUUUAGUUCAUUGACAGAAACACUUUAUCCUCCAAAAGGAAGACAGGCUUCACGUCCUUCAUCUGUUCAAUACGUUCCAGAACAACAGGAAAUUUUGUCAGCUCAUGAUUCUCUUUCUUCCAGUGAGUUAGCUGGUAGCUUUUUAAAAGAAGUAGACCGAGACAUAGAACAAAUAGUAAAAUGUACAGACACCAAAAGAGAGAACCUUAAUGAAGUAGUGUCUGCCUUAACAGCACAACAGAUACGUUUUGAACCUGAUAACAAAAACAUUCAACGUAAGGAUCCUUAUUAUGGAGCAGACUGGGGAAUAGGGUGGUGGACAGCUGUAGUGAUAAUGUUGAUAGUAGGUAUAAUAACACCAGUAUUUUAUUUACUGUAUUAUGAAAUUUUAGCUAAAGUGGAUGUUAGUCACCAUUCAACAGUGGAUUCUUCACAUUUGCAUUCAGAAGUCACAUCCCCAUCACAGCAGAGAGAAAUGGAAAAUGGAAUUGCUCCAAGUAAAGGAAUACCCUCUGGCCGGCAAGGUGAUCAUAAACUACAUAGUCAAGAUGCUCAGCCGCCUGCUGCUCAUCACAAAACGUAGCAAUUAGCUCAUAAUUACACUCUUAGUGAUCACAUGUGCAUCUGGAAUGUGGUGAAUCACUUACAUUCAAUAACCACUUCAAAGGCAGAAUUUAGGGAGAUUGAAGAUCCUUUUGUUUUUCACCUUUUUUGAGCCAUUUACAAAUGGAUUGAGUAUCAAUUCUCUACAGUUGCUAGUUGUUGAUACUGAGAGCAGUACAUCCAUCUAUCUGCUAUAUCAGUGCUUAAAGCAGAAAUGAAUUUAAAUAUGUGUCUACGAAGUUCUUGGAAAAUGCAUCAUUUUUCUUAUUCAAGAUUGGUUAUGUUUAAAUUUUAAUUUUUAAUUGUUUUUUGGCUUAAGGUUAUUAAUGUUAAGUUUAUUAAGCAGGAUAACUAUAGCAUCAGAUGUCUCAACUGAAGAAAAUUUACUACUGUGAGCCAUCAAAAUAUUUAGUUGCAAAAAAGUUGUUUGAUUCUAAAAUUACUUAUGAUAGCACAUACUUAAAACUCCAUUUUGCAACUUUUUAAAAACGUAUUUAGCACAUAUGCUAUGAAAACAUAAGUUGAAACAGAAAUGGGAAAGUAACAUCCAGUGUCUAUAACAGAGGCUAAGAAAUAGAUUAUUAUUGUUAAGCCCCCAAAGUAACGGCUGGGAAGUUGCUGUUUGGUCACUAGAACACUGGAUUAGGUCAAGACCUAGAAGUCAUCUUUGUCUGUUAAAGAAUUGCUGCCUCUGCUUCUGUUUUUUAAGUGAUUAUAUUUGCCUCUGUUAUUGGAAAGCACUUUUGUACAUCUUUGAUGAAAAGUGUUAUACAUGUACAGAUUAGCAUUAUUUAGGAAAUAAUUCCUUACAUACUGUGAUAAGUUGUUUCUGUGUUACAUGUAGUAACAUGCCUUAAUUACAUUCAAUGCCUUAUAAUAUUACUUUAUGUAAGCUAGUAUAAUUUUUAGAGUUAAAGUGAAGCAUUAUUUUAGGUGGUCCAGUUGGAUUCAUAACAACGCUGUAUCAGUUUGUCUCCACCUUCACUAUCGAGCACAAGUUCAUGGGAUCAAAACAUUUUCAUUGUCUGCCUGUGUUCUAUUGCUGAAAAUGGUUCAUUAAGCAAAAGUAAGCGUAAAAAGACCUUUUGCAGUGGCAAUACCAGACAGAUUGCUUUCUUUAUUGAUCCCUUACCCUCUGUUUUUCAAAGAGAAAAUGUCCAACUUAGACCUUUUUUUCCCUGAACUAUAAGCUCAAAUUGGGGGACAGAGGCCAAAGGUGUGUGGAUUGGUUGAAAGGUCUUGAUCGUGCCACUUUUUUAAGAUCUGCUAUGGAUCACAGUCUGGCUAAAUAAGAAGUAUUUGCAUACUGAUUUCAUCAUUAAAAGUAUGUGUUUUUUGAAAUGUAACCAAAAUGAUUGCUUAGAAGCAAGAUUGGGUGGAGUCUGGAUUGCCUGUUUUGUGUACAAUAAAGUAUGUACUUUAAGAUAUAUAAUACCACCUCAUUUUCUGGGCAUUAUUUCCUAAUUUUUAAUAUUUCAGCUUUUUGACGAGUCAUUUUUUAUUUCAAACUCCAAUCUUGAUACAAAAUGGGGUGAAUAAAUAUGGUAAAUGAGUUUUUAUGUACUUUCAAGAGCUAAGUAUCAUAAAAAGACAGGACAAAGAAGUCACACAUUAAAAAUGCCUUUACAUAUAUUAGAGGACCUUAGACAGUUACCAAAAAGUAUUAAUAUGGAAGUUGUAUCAAGUUGAUCUUUUUAGUAAUGCUUUUAAAGUUUGAAAAAUUGUUUUCAUGUGCCUUGGGCAUCUUGAAAAGAGGAGUAUGAUCUUCCUAAUUUAUGCUCAGUGUUAACUUGGUCAGUUUACAUUGUAUUUAUAAGGCCUGCUGAAAAAUCAAGUUUUAGAGAAGAAAAGACAGAUUAUUUUAGGGUAGGAUGGGCUAUAAAUGUCUUCUGAAGAACUUUGUUUACAUCAAAUUGAUGAAAUUACGGAGAGUCAGUGAUUCCUUUUUGUUAGUGGUGCUUUGAAAUUGUGAUAGAGAGGUCUGAUUUCCAAAAUAAGUAACUUAUUUUUAAAGGAGUGAGGUGUACUAUGACUUGAUUAAAAGCCAUUUCUGUCUUGCAGAGUGUCCUGUUCCUUGAAAGAAAUAUUUCAUAUCCUUAUGACACAGUCUUCUUUUUCUAUAUAUUUGAAUUACAUAUUUUAAUUGAAUAUAAUUUGAAUUAUAUGUAAUUCUAUAUAUAACGAUUAGAAUUAUAGAUUCUAAUCAUGAAGUGUCAUUUAUAAAAGAAAAAAGAAUUUCCUAAGCAUUUAAUAGGUUUGGAAUAAUUUUAGCUUUUAAAAAGUACUAUUAUACAUCAAAAUUUGUAGCAAAUGCAGAUUACUUUAUAAAAUUUAAUAAAAUAAGAAAAGUUAUGAUAGUGUGGAUUUUAAUUGUGUUGAAACUCUUAUUUGAAUUUGCUUUGAGGCUUAGAAGAUAUAUAUAUAUAUAAUAUGUAUAUGCAAAUGUAAAAGUAACAUGAAUUAUUGCAUUUGGUUCACUUAAGAAAUUGGAGUUGCAAGUGAAGAAAAAUCUACUUUUAGGGCAGAUUCUUUUUUUAAAAAAAUCUGGGUACAGAUGAUUAAGGUUGUUUUGAACUAAUGGAUGCCAUUUAAAUUGAAUAUUUUUUUGCCAUCCUACUCCUAGAAAAUUAUGGGAUUGAUGUCCUCAAAAGAUAUAUUAAGAUGGAUUAUGGAGUCUGCUGGCCACUUAAGAAUUAGAAAGAAGAUGUAAUAAUGUUAAAUUAACUUCUCCGGACGACUUCUUGUUUUUUUUUAAAGCUUUUCUUUCUCUGAACUGUACUUGCUUGAACAGUGGCCUGAAGAGUUCUUUAAAUGAACCACUACUUAGUAAUUAGUUCUUUGUAAAGGUAUCUACUUCUAAAAUUACCUACUUGGGAAUAUGAAGGAUACAGUUAGAGUUUUAGAAAUAUCAGGAAGCAAGGCUCAAGUCAAAGUGUUACAGGGUAAGGGGGAGUUUUAGAAGUUUGUAUUUAAAUGGUGUAUUAUGAUUGGAAUCAUUCUUAUUUUGAAUUACAACAAUGUUGCUCAGGAAAUCAGUAUUUUUCUUCCAAGUAUGUGCAUAUUGCACUGUUAGAUCAUAGAAAUAUCUGAAUGCUUUAUUUAAUUCUUCUUAUGUAUGCAAAUACUAUAAAUCUUUUGUAUAAUGUAUUUUAUACAAAUGCAAAAUGGAAUUGUAGAACAUUAUGUUAGCAUGUACAUCUGUAAAACUGGUUUUUAAAAUUUUUUGCCCCUUAUUUUUCAUAUUUUAAAAGAUAUGUAAAAUUUAAUAAAGUUUCUAUUUUAUUAUUCAA